AUGGUACAAGGAGGGGAUGUAGUUUCCGACGACGGCACGGGCUCUAUUAGCAUAUAUGGUGAAACAUUUGAUGAUGAAAACCUGGAUACACAGCAUAGCGUGGCUGGUUUCGUAUCUAUGGCUAACAAAGGACGAAACACAAAUGGCUGUCAAUUUCUUAUAACAACAACUGGAACACCAUGGCUAGAUGAUUUGCAUACUGUUGUUGGAAAGGUGGUAGAAGGUCAGAACAUUGUGCACAUGGUGGAGCAUACGCCAACAGACGUGGAGGAUAAGCCGACAGUGCGGGUUUACAUAUCUGACUGUGGGAUCGUACCCACACCUCAACCGUACUACAUUUCUGAUGAUCCUUAUGAUUUAUGGUCCUGGAUAAAGGCGUCAGCAGUUCCACUGACAAUGUCUUUCUCAAUCCUCGGCUUCUUUCACUGGAUGAUGAGGAAAAUGGAAAUAUAG